AUGGCGUCUCCUGGCUCCGACGAUGGUGUCUCCGGCGGCGGCGAUGGUGUCUCCGCCGCCGCUGCCGUCGUCUGCUGCAUGUGUGGCGACCAUGGCCUGCCGCGCGAUCUGUUCCGGUGCAACCUCUGCCGCCUUCGUACACAGCACAGAUACUGCAGCGACCUGUACCCGAGCGUGGCGGGGCCGUACCGGAGCUGCAACUGGUGCCUCAAGCAGGGCGGCGCCGCCCGAGGGGGCGACUCACCGUCACCGGUCAAGGCGCUGGCGGCGGCGGGGGCAGGGACCAAACGGAGGAUCAACGAUUCUCGUGGCGACGACGACCGCGAUAAUGAUGAGAGCGCCUGCUAUGGAUGCUCCAGGUCAGCGUUCUCGGCGGACCCCGGGAAGCCGAUCAAGAAGCCUAAGAAGGGCCAUGAAAGAGGGGUGCGGCGGCCGGAGCCGGUGGUCACGAUGGUGUCUAAGAAAAAACGAAGGGAGGUGCAGCCUGGCAAGCCACGGUUCAAGGUGAAGGUGCGGCGGUACAAGCUCCUCGCGGAGGUGAUCUGCUAG